AUGGAAGAUAAUUCGCUUUAUGCGCCUCUGCAAGCAAAUCCACCAUCUGAAACAGACGAAAAUGUUACUCCCAUGGCCAAAGCUGGAGUGUUAAGUAAAUUCACAUUCUGGUGGCUAAACCCGUUGAUGGUAAAAGGGAAAAGUAAAGUUCUCGAUGAAAACGACAUCCCUAAGUUACGAAAGGAAGACACAGCAGAAGAAUGUUACUCCACUUUCAUGGAGACGCUGGAGAAACGGCGAGCAAAGAGUGUUUCCGGUGGUCAUGGUGAUUCCGAUCCGCCGAUCUUAUCGACGUUGUUCGUUUGGCAAUGGAAAGAGCUCGUAAUCACUGGUAUUUUUGCGCUGAUAAAAGUGCUCGCGUUGGCUUCAGGUCCUUUGAUUCUUCGAGCUUUCAUUCAACUUGUUCAAGGGAAUGAAAGUUUCGAGAACGAAGGGUAUUUUCUGACGUUAGGUUUAUUUCUAGCCAAAUGUCUGGAAUCGAUAUCGGAGAGACAACUAAAGUUUCGGACUAGAGUGAUCGGACUCCAAGUCAAGUCGAUGUUAUGUGCAGCGAUUUAUAAGAAGCAACUCCGGCUAUCAAAUGAUGCUAAAUUAAUUUACUCCCCCGGCCAAAUCAUGAACUAUGCCACCGUUGAUGCUACCAAAAUCGGAGAGGUUCCGUUUUGGUUUCACAACAUAUGGACAAUCGCUCUUCAGAUAUGUCUAGGGAUUUUCAUAAUCUAUUUUUCAAUCGGAUUAGCAACAAUCGCAGCUUUAUUGGUAAUAGUAUUAACAGUCGUCGGAAACAUUCCGUUGGGGAAAUUACAACAUAAAUACCUAACGAAACUCAUGGCGGCGCAAGACCGGCGGUUGAAGGCCAUAUCAGAGGCGAUUUCAAACAUGAAGGUUCUGAAGUUGUACGCUUGGGAGACGCAUUUCCGAGAGGCGGCUGCACAGUUAAGAAACGAAGAGAUGAAAUGGUUAUCGGCUGUUAUGACACAAAGAGGAUUUUUCAUCAUAAUGUUUUGGUCGUCUCCGGUGAUUGUGGCGGUGGUGACGUUUUGGGCUUGUUAUUUGUUAGGAAUCGAGCUUAAUGCGAGUAAUGUGUUCACGUUUCUGGCAACGAUUCGGAUCAUUCAGGAGCCGAUUCAGAGUAUUUCUGAUGUUGCAGCGGUAUUUAUUGAAGGAAGGGUUGGGUUAACCCGUGUUGUUGAGUUUUUACAGGCGUCAGAGUUGCAGAAAGAGGAGAAGAAUCAUGGAAACAUGGAAGAUCGAGCUGUCGUAAUCAAUUGUGAAUCGAUUUCAUGGAAUGAUGAUUCUUCGAAACCGACACUUACGGAUGUAAAACUUGAAGUUUUGACCGGAAAAAAAGUGGCUAUAUGCGGUGAGGUCGGCUCCGGUAAAUCGACUCUUAUCUCCGCCGUUUUAGGAGAAGUUCCGCAUAUAAAAGGCACAAUUGAAGUGAAUGGGAAGGUGGCAUACGUUUCACAAACGGCAUGGAUCCAAACAGGGACAAUUCGAGACAAUAUACUGUUCGGAAAUUUGAUGGAUGAGGAAAAGUAUCAAUAUGUAAUAACCAAAUGCUCACUUGUGAAGGAUAUCGAGAUGUUCUCAUUCGGCGAUCAAACAAUCAUCGGAGAACGAGGCGUAAAUCUCAGUGGUGGACAGAAGCAACGAGUUCAACUUGCUCGAGCAUUAUAUCAAGAUGCCGAUAUAUACCUCUUGGAUGAUCCAUUCAGCGCAGUUGAUGCACAUACUGCAUCAAGUUUGUUCAAAGAAUACAUCAUGGAAGCUUUGUCGAGCAAGACGGUGUUACUUGUAACUCACCAAGUCGAUUUCCUGCCUGCUUUUGACAAUAUCCUGUUAAUGGCGGAUGGGAAGAUUGUUGAAACAGGAACCUACGCUCAAUUGCUUGAAUCCAGUAAAGAGUUCCAAAACCUUGUGAUUGCACUUAGCGAAACUUCUGGUUCAGAUAAUCAAACAGCCGAUAACUCUCAACAAAAAUCCGAAUCUCCAGUUCAAGAAAUUGAAAAAAUCAAGCCGAUACAAGAGAUAGAACCAUCGGUAGGGGAGCAACUGAUUAAGAAAGAAGAACGAGAAGCAGGGGACACAGGUUUAAGACCCUACAAACAGUAUCUUAGCCAGAGCAAUGGAUACUUCUUAUUCUCCAUGUCAGUUUUAGCACAUAUGUUGUAUAUAAUCGGACAGUUCAUACAGACUUUCUGGUUGGCUAGGGAAGUGCAGAGUGCAAGUAUAACCCAGCUGAAGUUGGUGUUGGUAUACAUGAUCCUUGGUAUUGUGAUGAUGCUCUUUUUAUUUGGUAGAUCUUAUUUUAUUGUUAAGUUAACAAUGGACACAUCACUUGCUAUAUUUAACAAGUUGAUUACAUGUCUUUACCGAGCACCAAUGUCCUUCUACGACUCAACACCUGUGGGAAGAAUCAUUAGCAGGGUGUCCUCGGAUCUCAGCAUUGUGGAUCUUGAAUUAGCAGUAAAGCUUACGUUUACCGUAGGCUCAACCGUGAACACGUACUUUAUCCUUGGAAUCUUGGCAGUCCUAACUUGGCCUAUCUUGAUCAUUAUCAUUCCAACGGUUUAUCUUACCAUACUUCUGCAGAGAUUCUAUUACGCAUCUGCAAAGGAGUUGAUGCGAUUAGAUGGCACGAGUAAGUCAUUAGUCACUAGCCAUCUUGCACAAUCCAUUGCUGGAGUGGUUACCAUUAGAGCAUUUGGCGAAGAAGAUCGUUUCUUUGUAGAACAUUUGAACCUUAUUGACAACAAUGCAAGUCCAUUUUUUCAUAGUUUUUCAGCAAAUGAGUGGUUGAUCCAACGUCUGGAAAUGUUAUGUGCGCUUGUUAUUGCUAGCUUUGCACUAGCAAUAACUUUGCUUCCCUUUCAGGCGUCUGACUCCGGACUCAUUGGAAUGGCUCUUUCCUACGGGCUCUCAUUGAACGUUUUUGUUGUUUUUUCCGUCCAAGUCCAAUGCCAACUAUCGAAUAUGAUAGUUUCGGUUGAAAGACUAGAGCAAUAUAUGCAUAUCCCUAGUGAAGCCCCGGAAAUCAUACAAGACAACCGACCCUCAAGCAACUGGCCAAGUACCGGUAGAGUCGAUAUCCAAAACCUAAAGAUAAGAUAUCAACCAAAUUCCCCAUUGGUUCUUCAAGGAAUCAAUUGUGUAUUUGAAGGAGGAAACAAAAUUGGAAUUGUUGGAAGGACAGGGAGUGGAAAAACAACUUUAAUCAGUGCUUUGUUUCGCCUAGUUGAACCUACAGAGGGAAGAAUCAUUAUAGAUGAAUUAGAUAUUACUACAAUUGGACUCCAUGACCUUCGAUCAAAUUUUGGUAUUAUUCCACAAGAACCAACUUUAUUCAAUGGAUCCAUUCGAUAUAAUCUUGAUCCUCUUGGAGAACAUAGUGAUCAAGAACUAUGGCAGGUUCUUGAAAAAUGCCAACUUCGAGAUGCAAUUCAAGACAAAAAAGAUGGGUUGGACUCGUUGGUUGUGCAAGAUGGAUCGAAUUGGAGUUUGGGACAACGGCAACUGUUUUGUUUAGGAAGAGCUCUUUUGAAAAGGCGAAAGAUACUUGUACUUGAUGAAGCCACAGCUUCAAUCGAUAAUGCAACUGACACAAUCAUACAGAAAACUAUUCGGGAAGAAUUUCAAGAUUGCACAGUAAUUACAGUUGCACACAGAAUACCAACUGUUAUAGACUGCUCAAUGGUACUUGUUAUGAAGGAUGGAAAGGUGAUGGAGUAUGAUGAACCCUCGAAAUUGAUGAGCCAGCCAGAUUCUUUAUUUGCACAGCUUGUUAAUGAAUAUUGGUCACAACAUAAAACCUCAUGAUCAAAUUAUUAGGUAAGAUCAGAUCGCUACAUUAAUAAUGAUAAUGAGAUUAGUUUGCAAUCAACAUUGUGAAAUUGAGAGUUAUCACCAUGUAAUUUACAUUUCAUUUCUGUAAAUCUUGUGCUUCUUCAUUCUCAAUGAAUAGGGUUGUCUAAUUUUUGCUGAAAUUUUGGAUUUUGGUUUACAUUUCAUACAAUGUGUUGUGUGUUUGGUUGGAUGGAUUUAGAAUGGAAUUGAAAUCCAUUUGAUAAUAAAAUGUUUGUUUAGUUUGUAAAUAUAUCAAAUGAUUUGGAAU